CCGGAGGCGGGGCUGCCGGCCAGUCCUGGCGGAAGUGGCGCGCGCGGCGGCCACAGUGAGUCCGCCCGCCGGCGCUGGGCUGUCAACCUCACGCCCGGUCGCCCCUCCUGCUUCCUAGGUCCAGGCCGUCGCGGACACCAUGUCCGGCUACCCCAAAAGCUAUAAUCCUUUCGACGACGACGUGGAAGAUGAGAACACCCGACCGUCGCCGUGGAAGGACGCCCGCGACCCGCCCGACGGGCCCGACGCGCCCAUGGACCGUCAGCAGUACCUGCGACAGGAGGUGCUGCGCAGGGCCGAGGCUACGGCCGCCAGCACCAGCAGGUCCUUGUCCCUCAUGUAUGAAUCGGAGAAGGUCGGAGUCGCCUCUUCCGAGGAGCUGGUCCGGCAGCGAGGAGUCCUAGAACACACUGAGAAGAUGGUAGACAAGAUGGAUCAGGAUUUGAAGACGAGCCAGAAACAUAUCAACAGCAUUAAGAGUGUGUUUGGAGGAUUUAUCAACUACUUCAAAUCCAAACCAGUAGAGACUCCACCUGAACAGAAUGGCAGCAUUGCCCCUCAGCCCAGCAGCAGAUUGAAAGAAGCCAUAAAUACAAGUAGAGAACAGGAAAGCAAGUACCAAGCCAGCCACCCAAACCUCAGAAGACUGCAUGAUGAAGACCCGAUCCCCACUUCUGCUGUGACUACUGAUGUUUACCCAAAGAACUCAAGCCUUCGUGCCUAUCACCAGAAGAUCGACAGCAACCUCGAUGAGCUGUCCAUGGGACUGGGCCGACUCAAGAACAUAGCCUUAGGAAUGCAGACGGAAAUUGAGGAGCAGGACGACAUUCUUGACCGGCUAACAACCAAAGUGGACAAGUUAGAUAUCAAUAUAAAAAGCACAGAAAAAAAAGUUCGUCAACUCUAAAGAAACUGAAAAAGGAAUUCUACUCAGUUGUGAUGAAAAGAUUCAAAAGCUUCUUUUAAACUCCUAAGGAAUGUUGUUGAUUACACAGUAUGUAAUUUAACGUGUGUGUUCAAAUGUGGGUCUUAAGAAAAUUUAGUUUCAAUGGGAAAAAAAUACGUGUGUUCCACAUUUUGGUAAGAUCAACACCCCUGAAGUUCUGUGAGCUGUCUGCUGAGCUGUAGUCUUAACACGGCAGACUAAUUGUGAAUUUGAGCCUUGGACUACUGUGCUGGGAGGGGAAGAAACCUGCAUUUCUCCUUUUGUGAGUGUGUGCACAGAUGCGGGUAGAAUGUCAGCUUCAUAACAGCUGCCUUCUGUUUACUCAUUUGCUGUGUUUCUUACUCCAAGGCCUUAAUGUGAAUUCAGAUGUGAAGGAACCCUGGGCUUGUGGCAGAAGGAAGGGUCCUUCCAAAACUCUACAUGUCAGUCAUUGUGGACAUGCCUGUACACACACUGAGCACACUAUAACUCUCUCUCCCUGAAAACAACCCGUAUUAGAUCCAGAAAUGGCCUCUGUUCUUGUCCUGUAUUUCAGUAGAAGGAUUCAGACAGAACUGCUGGACUUGACACCUGCAAGUGUGUGGAUAUCAGAUGAGCCCUUCUUCCCCACCUACUGCCAUCUCAUACUUUCCCUCUCUAGUGGGGACAGAUUCUCUCUAUGGCUCAAGGCCAUCCAGCUAGUUGAUGGGGAGGGAACCCAUGUGGCAUGGGCUUGAGUAUCACACAAACAAAAACCUUUCCACUGAGCCCUCUGCCUAUGGGAAUAAUACCGAGGCAGUGUUUAUGUGGUGCCUGACGUCUCCUUAUCCACCUGGGAUCUCCACCCAGUCUCUGUGUUUCUACAAAGUGCCCACCUAGUUUGAGGACUUAGACCCACAAAUGAUACUAACCUUCUGUAAGAUGACUUGACCAAGAAAAAGCCCGGGUACCAUUUUAGCCGCUAGGCAUGUUCAUUCCCUUCAUCUUCCAAAUGAAAAUAUUUAGAAGCAUUAAUUAAAAUUGAUUUCUAGAACAAUUUUUCCUUGUGUUGGUACUUCCAAUAAAAUCACUGAAGUCAUAGAGUA